CAUAGAGGUUUUUACCCACAUGAAUUCAACAAGCAGAUGUUUCCUGAUGAAAUGAGAAGUUUAAGAAGACAAGAAGAGAAAGCGAUACAUAUCUAGGGUCACUAGUUUCAUGUGCUCUGGUAUAGCUGCUAUUCUCAUAACCUUUGUCAGUACCUAAGUGCACCAGGAAAGUGCUUCUCUUCAUCAGUAGCAUUUGCCUCUGUAAAGAAAUCAACCUCUUCAAUGGGUCUGCAUAAUUCACACCCAAAGCUCUACCCUGGAGAUAUUCUUGAAUUUCCUCGAAACAAGUACUUCUCCCAGUUUGGAGUUUACUAUGGAGAAAGAGAUGGUGUUCCCUAUGUGGCACAUUUAACAUGCAGGGACUCGGAGACAAAGUUUGUCCUCUUUGGUCGGGCUUUGAACGCCGCUAUAAAGCUGGACCCAGUUGACGUAGUUGGGAAAAAAUACAAAGUGAAUAAUUACCUGGAUGAGAAGCACCCACCUCGAGACUUCUACUCCCACAUCAAGGCAGAGAUUGAAGAAGCCAUGACUAAGCCCGUCACCUAUGAUAUCCUGUUCCACAACAGUGAACAUCAGGCAACACUCUUACGCUAUGGAGUCAAAAAGUCAGAGCAAAUUGACAAAGUCUACGCAAAGAUAGCUCAAACCUGGCGUGAACCAUUUGUGAAGAAGAAAUUUUGAUUCAAGAUCUCCAAAUCUCCACUUGAGGGCAGAAAAGAGACAGUCAAAAUUGUACAACAGAAGCAUGGCAUAAAAUCAAAGUUAACAUGUGAUUCAUUCUGUAUUGUGUGUUUGGAGAAAUCGUCCAUGCUGUGGUACUGGCGAAGAGAGGAGAAUUUGCCAUUAGGACAAGGAAUAGCAGCUUUCAUAAAAUGCCUGAAAAGGAAAAUUGGUAAUACGAAUAACAGUACUUCAGUUUUCAUAUUCUGUUUUUAGUUGGAAUAAUAUUUCUGUCCUAAGCCACCAGUUUACAGAACUACUAUUUCACUAUAUUGUUUUUCCACCUUUCCACUCAAUGCUGAAGUGAAACAUUUCCCUUGCUCCAAACUCUCAUCACAGUAAGCUAUCAUACACUGAGUUAUUGGUCUGACAUGGAAAACCCUUUUAAAGAAAUAUUUCAGAUAUAUUUCAUCAAUAACCAGACAGAAUUAUUUCCAGUCCUUCUCUUUUGACAUGUGAGUUAUAUCAGACUUUAUGUAAUUUGUACCCUUAGUACGGGGAAACCUCUACUCUUUCCAUAAUCUGAGGAGCCCUAUUUUCUUUUUAUGUCUUUAAAUGUCUUUAUGUCUUUACAUAAUGUUCUUUACGGAAUUAUAUUCAUAAGCUACAUGUAUAUUAGAAUAUAGUUUGUACUCCACAAUGCCAGCAUAAUAUUCUUUUGGAAUGUAAUUUUUCUAAAGUUUUUGCUUUGUUUUUCGGCAAUUUAUACUGGGCAGACUUGGUAAAUAUUUUAAUAUGAGCAAAAGUUGGAACUGCAGUGUUUGCAUUAUCAGCAGUAAGAGAGAUGUGCAGUAAGAGUAAGCAAAUAGGCAACAAGAGAGAUUGGCUAAAUGUAUUAGUCCUGAUUAAACUGUUGUUCAUCACCAACACUCAAGUGUAAAACUUUCUGACACUUAACUGAAUAACUGUUCUGUGGUUCUGAUUUCAACAUUACCAUUAAAGUUCACACAUUAAGUUCUUACACUUUAUUCAUUUAAAAUUCAUCCAAAGUGAUGCAAGCCAAUUAAGAAACUGUUAAAGAAGUCUAAUAGCAUCCAGACAAAAAUAAUAGCUAAUGUCUAAGCAUUAUUCAAAAUAUAUAGAAAAUUGUCCACAACUAAUAAAUGUGCAGUUAAUCUGUCAGCAUGUGACUCAUUCUACAAUACUAUAAUAUUUCACUAGUAUUUUCAAGAUGACCAAGGUGUUCUGAAGAAAAAGCUAGCCCAACACCUUAUUGCUGUUAUCAAAAUAUUGAUUACUAUGCCCCUCAUUUUAACCAGGUAAAGGACUUCUAGAGGAGGUUGGAAUCAAGAGCUGUGUAAUUUAGACCAUGGAUUCCAAACAGCAGGAAACAGGCAAUAGAUUUAAAGCAGUGACAUUCAGACACUGAGUGAUUAUUGAUCUCUCUGGUUUGUGAUGUGGUCUCGCUUAGAGCUGCAUAAGUCACAGGAGGUUUAAAGGUGAUGUAUGGCCUGAUUAUUUUGUAACAUUAACAUUUCAUGUUUGCCUUUGUAUUGCUUUCAUUCUACUUCCUGGUUUCUCCAGUUCCACCCUGAGCUCCAUCUUGGAUCUUCUCCACAUCCACUGACUGUUGUUUGCAUCUGUGUCUGAUUUGUUAAUACCUUUUCUUUAUUUAUACAUUCUACAUUGUCUUGCUGCAGCUUGUUGACUCUAAAUUUCAUCCCAAUUCUUUAUUUUGUUUGUUUUGUGAAGUUUUUCACUUUUUUCAGCCUCUGACCAACUCCUGGCCGCCGUCAUGGCCGCCUUUGAUGCCUUAUUAAUGGUUUAUGUUGAGAGUUUUUCUUUGUAGCUGUCUCUGCCUGACACCACAAACCAGAACGAUCAAUAAUCUCACAAUUCCUACUCUAACUCCUGGUGCUACCUUUCCCUGCCUCAGCACCUGGUCUUCCCAAAUUAUCCUAUGGUGUGGUGUGUUUAAGCUCAAUCACGGGGCCUGUUCCAUUCCUGGUACCUCAUCUCAGCCUCUCUUCCAUCCCUUGUCUUAGUCACAGUGUCUAGGCCAGAUUUUCUCAGCAGCAAGUAUUUACAAGUGUUAAGCAAGACAUACGCACCCUAUAAAGACAAAUGCUGCAUCCCAAUUCACGUUCUAGCUAUCCUAAACAGUAUCUGAGAUUAGAAUUAGUGUGUCCCAAAUCAUUGUAUAUUGAAAUGAGUAUUCCUAAGGUACCCAGAUUGUCUACAAUUUCUGGUAGAUUUUCAAAGUGUUGAUCCAUGGACACUUUUUAAUCUAAUAUUGCCCACAACUCCUUGUGCGAGGGAGGAGGAAUUUUGUAAUGGAGUGCUUCACCGAAUUCAAGGAUGCACAUUAGAGAGGUGUACAUGAAACGUGGAGAAAUAAAUCAAGGGAAUGGUGAAUUUAAUUAUAUAGUAUAAAUUAUAUAAGGAACAAUGAAUUAAGAAAAGCUGCAACAAGGAGUGUGUUUACGGUGAAAGUGUGCGUAACUAGGUAACAACCUUCUGUUACAUGACGUUUUAGUAUAUGUCCCAGCACUUGCAUACUCUUUUGCUCCAAAAAGUGUGUACUCUUUCUUCACAAAAAGAGUACAUACUGUACUUUUUAGUACAAGUAUAAGUAGGCGAAUUGAGACACAGCUGUUGCUGAGCAGAGCGCUGACCUAGGGUCCUUACAUGGAUGUGAAGUGCCCAUAGGCUCCUGUGCAUUUAAAUGCUUUGAGGCAUUCUGCAGAAUAUGGAGCAGGGUUGUGUAUGAGGUAAACAUAUACACCAGGAAAACACAAAUUUGCUAAGUUUUCUGCCACACAUCACAGCCUUUUAUUGACUUUGUUGAUAUGCUGUUUAUUCUCCUUUAAAGUAAGGGGAGUGAUUUUAACCAUCAUUCAAUUUUGGUCCCAAAUAUGGUGACUACAAGAGCAAAAUCAGGUGUCUGAGUUUACAAAGCUCUGCAUGAUCGUACUAUAUAAUACCUGAGUAAACUCAGUCUAUUAUGAUCUGCCAUAUCUGUUUCAAGAACAAAAUGUUUUUAUCAGUGGGUACAAUAAUGAAAAUUACAGCAGAGGACAGCUUUUUUUCCCAUACAAAAAGCCCCCCAGCUUUGAACUAUCCUGUCUGUCUCUGAGAAGUCUAUGCUGAAAACCAGCUUGUUUAAUCUGGCAUUUUGUUAACCGUUUUUACCCAAAUAAAGGUGCAAAUUAGGGCUGUUAAUGCUAACCCUGGCACUCAUACAUAUUCAGUAUGGAUAGCAUUGGUGAGAAUGGUUGCUGACAUCUCAAGGUGUCCUCAUGCCUGUACUACCUCCAGGUUGUUUUUUUUAGUUAUGCUGUCAUAACUAGACCUGUUGGAGGCCCUACUUGUUCUGUGAUUAUCAUACACCAUGUUGUGCAUGCUUCCGUCAUACGUAACAAUCUGUUAAACCUGUCUUUUGAGUGUAAUACUGCUGCAGGAUACUGAUACACUCCCUCUGUUGUGACUGCUCCUGUUUCUUUGAAUGCAGUUCUUUGCACAUACAGUUCAAAUUCCUGCUGCAAUUAAUUCUCACCUGGAUGCUCCAGAGACCUGUACUUCCCAUGGCUGCUAUCAUAAUUAUAAGGUGUUGUGUGUGACCUGAACCUGUUUAAUGCUAUGGUCAUGUUAACAAUCUUUCUCACAAUAUUCCCAGAUCAUAUAUUUUAUUAAUUCAUUCAUCUUCAGUAACAGCUUUAUCCUUAUCAGGGCCAUUGUUGAUCCAGAGCCUAUCCCAGCAACACUGGCCAUGAGACUAUGGACUACACCUUGACCGUCACAGAUUCCUAGAUCAGCCAUUCUACGUAUAUAUAUUUUAAAGUACUUUUAGAAGUUAGAAGGUGAACUUAAUGUUCACUAUUCCUCUGUAUGACCCAAGUACUGUUAAAUAAGCUCAAUAGCAAAAAUCUUUUUAUAUGGUAAGGAUUCUGAGUCUGGCGUCUCUUGAAGCUUCCUCCUUAUGCCAGAAAUGUAACUGAAUCUGUCAUUAGUCUUGCCGGGUCUCGUUUGUCUAUAUACAUAUGUCCCUUUGUUUCAAAUGCAUUAUUGCAUGUUGCUUGUGCUAAGUUUCUUAAAGCGUCUUUUUCUGAUUCCCUGUUCCUUAUUAUUCUUGUUGUUUUGUUACUCGUUUUGACCUCUGACCUUCAAUAUGGAUUUGCCCAAUCUGACCCUGUCUCUGUGCAUUGAACCCUUCAGUGGAUAUUAAUAGUGAUUUUUGGAAAGUCCCCUAAUAAAAGAAUACACACAUACAUACUA